AUGAACAGAAGAUUUAUAACAUAAUAUCCCUUAUCACCACAAAUGAAUGACAUUUCCAAUCUAUACAAAAAAAGUAGAAUACAAGAGCAAUUAUAAUUCUUUGAUGAGAUUAUCAAAAAAGUCAAAUUCAAAAAACCAGUACCACAACCUAAAAAAAUUAAAUUGCCCAUUUCUAUUUCAUCAAAAACGAUUUAAUUAUAAAGUGAACGAUCUCUUUCUAUUCGUUCACCUAGAAUUAAAGAAUUAUCCAAGAAAUAAAUGUUGCCACCUAUAUCAAGAUAAAAAGCAUCAAUUUCUGGUUGGGAAGUAAACAAAUCCAAUGAUUCAUUUUUAUAUUAUUAAUGA